CUUGAAGGAGGGGGCAGCCACGUUCCACCAGCAAACUGAAAUAGCACGAUCAGACCGCUUCUCGGCGAGCAUUUCAGUCGAGGCUUGAUUCCGGCGACUCCUGCAUUGCCAGGCUCAGCGACGUUUUCCACCCUCACUCAUGGAACAGUUUGCUGGCCUUCCGUGGAAGCCUCGUCGCUACAAGCGAGUCCCUUAUUGCUCACUUUGUGGUCAAAGAUUUACAACAAGUACAUACUUUCGCGCACUCAUUGAAUUACAAGAUCAGACUGCUGUUUGGACUCCAGAUGCCACUUUUCGGGAAGAUGGUCGGACGAUCGAGAAUCUAUACAUAGCUAUACAAAAUUAUCCACGACGAAAGGCAAGAUAUGCGCCUGCGGUCCAUAGUAUCUGCUUAUCUGCUGUAGUCGAUCUACCAAAGAGUGUUAUAAUUUACGAUAUAGGUCUCGCGAUGAUACCUCAUAUUUGGACGACAAUACCACGGGAGGCCUACAGGAGUCAUGAAUUCCUUCAACAAUCACUCCACUCGCUAGUUUGCGCCUCAGCCAACCCUCAAAUUCCACCCAACGAUGACGAAUAUCUAGAGCUGCUCAGAAGAUGCAGGCAACUUCCACCGGAACUCGGGACAAUGAUCUGGGACUUCAUUUCUCCUGGCAGUGUACGCUCGAUUCUGGCACUCCAGGCUACGAAACAUCUCUGGUCAACCCCUUCCGUUACAAACGGAACUGCGACUCCCUCGUUGUAUGGUGACCUUGCUUUAUACUACACACAUGUCCUGAAGCAGACAUACGUGUGUGGCCUUCGUCAGGGAGAAACAGUGUACGGCCACGAAAGCGAACAUUCUGCAGCCGUAUCAGUCCCUUCCUCGAAAGCGGCAAUGAUAUUCACAAUCGAGAUUCAUGGGCUAUCUCAGCUGGCAUUUGUGUCGGAAGUACCCAGCGCCAAUGUCCGAUACUCGGUUCCGUGGAGUCAUCUACCCUCAGACGAAAGAGUUGCGUGUAGAUCUCAAGUGGGAUGCAAGUGCCUGUUCCCGGUUACAGGAUCUUAUGAAUAUAGAACUUCAGAUUUGCAAAAUCUUCGACAUCGGCCUUUGUGAUAAAUAGACAUUCGGGCAUGACUUCCUCUGGUCAUCUAUACUUCCUCCUGCCUGCCCCUCUGCGGAUUCCUUUUAUGAUUGGCCGCGGCAUGUUGACUUCUCGACCCAGGCUCAGCGACUUAUGGAGUAUAUCCCUCUGCAAAACGAGGAAGGAAAGCUUUACGGACUUACGGCAUUUUGCUCGAACGCGGGCAUUGUCGGCAUUAGAACCCACUUUCGCUCCUGCCCUCAUCAACCUUCUCGCGGAGAAUCUUCUUCUUCUACCCACUGGUAU